UGCACCCCAAAUCUGAAAUUGUGCGCACUUUGGUGCCUUCCACUUCUAAAAAUGAUACAGUCUUGAAGUUUAUUUACAAAAAAAAAAUAAAUAAAAUGGAAAAUCUAAUAUUUAUUGUUAUUUACCCUUGAAAAUUAGAUGUGCGAUGGAGUGGUGUUUUUUCGCUACUUAUCUUUUAUCGCCCCAGAAUCAGCUGGUCCCUACGACUGAUUUUACUUCGCAUUAUUCGUCUUGAGGAAAAUUAAAAUUACAAAAUGAGAAAAAAAGCGGAGGUCUAGAGAAAAUAUUUCUUCGACUGCAACAAUCAGUUGGUUAAAAAAAUGGCGAUAGGGUUUACAGAUGGUAACGAAGAAACAACAUCAACAAGAAACUCAACAUCAGAAUUACCAGUUUAUCAAACAUCAGCAGUUAACGAAAUUGGGACAUUCACGAAUAUUACGUCACAUCCAUCGGAAUCGACAAAUGUGGAUUCUAAUAUUCGAGGCGAAGUUGACAGUAGUCUAAAAAAUACAAAAAAGUCUGAAUUAGUAAAUAGUGUAGGAAUUUUUCUCAAAGUUGCAGAGAUGGUAUUCGACAUUGUUAGUUUCGUUGUAAUAAGGGAAUCUCACUAUGCUAAUUCAACACCUAGAAUAUGCUUUAGUUUAGUAUCUUCACUUGGAUUCACAAUUACUGGGUGCUUAUUAGCUUUGUAUGCAUUUGGUGCUUUCAAAAAACCAUGUAUUAAUGUUCUUCCAUUUGAGUAUUUGUUUUGUAUUCUAUGGGCUUGUGCUUUUAUGGCAGCAUCCAUCUUCUUAUUAGCUGAUAGUGGCAAUGAUUUUGAAGGAGAAUCCGGAAAAGCACUGAUAUAUGGAUUUGUGUCUAUGCUACUCUAUUGUCUCGAGGCUUGCUUAAACUGCAAGGUGAUGUUGAAAAGGAAGACAGAGUCUGAAGUAAAACGAGAAAGUAUUAAAUUAUGUGAUAAUUGUAGAUGGUGGAAUCAGCCCUCAAGUAAAGCAUACAAUGGGACCGAAUCUAGAAACAAUAGUGAUCCCAAUGAACAUUGGACAAGAUUUUAUGACCUGAAUGCAAUAAGUGAUGGAUGUAUCAUAAUUUUUUAAAAACAUCUAGUGUUGUCCUAUGAAAGUUUAAUAUUUCAACGUUAAUUAAGAUAAAUGUAAAAACAAACCGAAAUCGCACUUUUACCCCUCUAGUAUUUUUCUUACUUAGGAAAAGAUGUAUCCAUAAAAUAAUUCAAACCAUGAAUUAUUAUCAUCGUUUAUUAUGAUUUUGUAUCACUGUGAUAAUUUAAUCAUAAACAUUCAUAACCCGUGGCUGCGUCCAACUUUAUUAGAAGUGCUCGCAUUUGCCUAGAGGUUUAGCCAGGGGAGAGGAAAACUGCAGAAAACUGAAGAUUCUUGUUUAUAAAAUAUUUUUCUAUAUUAUUUUUGAAAAUUUUAGUUUGCAAUGACAUGAGAAUUUAUACAUGAUUUAAUACGAGACGCCAAAAAUGAUCACAAUGUCAAUUUGCACUGGAGAAUAUGAAUUGAUUUUUUAAAUUAUUUUGAAGUAAGAUUGGGAUCCUGGAAGGUGUGAAAAUAAUGGAUAAUGAUAGAAGAGAAACAUAUUUUCGGACUCGAUGAAUUAAAUAAUAAUAGUAUCUUUGGGUUGGUAUCGUUAUUGUGAUAUAAAUAUACAAAGAAUUGGAAUUGUAAUGGUACAACAAGAAUUAAGAUGAGCGUUUUAAGAAACUGUCGGCAAAUAUUGUUUGAUAUAUAAUUUUUAUUAUAUAUUGUUGAUUCGUGGUGUUAAAUUACUACGCAAUUUUUGUAACAGAAAAACAUUUUCUUAUUGUUAACAUAUUUUUCUAAAAGAAAUAUUUCUUCACUUUAUCUUUCAUUAAAAUUUUUGUAAUA